UAUAGUGGGUAUAUGCAUACAGCAUCAUGCAUAUGUGGUGUGUGUGUGUGCGUGUGUUGCCCCCAGAUCUCAGCGAGCUGCUCCGCGCUACAGCAUUGUGUGCUGUGGUCCAGCAGAGCGGUUGUGCAUGGUAUGGCGUAUGCUUCCUGUAGAGCUUGGUCUAUCUGGGAGUCCUCGGCCCAGUUUCGGCCAAGUCACACUCCUCGUCACCCUCAUCAUCCUUACUUGGUUUCCCCGCCUUUAUCUGCACUACUGCAGCCAGUGGCUCUACCUCCAUGCUAGAAAUAUACCUGUCAACAGGUUUCGCUUCCAUGCCCACACAGUGGAUUUGGUAUAUCAGAGCUCUCUCCUGUGCACCCUGGAGGAGCUGCUGCUGGUGUUGUUGGGGCCCUUGACCUUGAAUGCAGCUAUGUUUCUGCUGCUUCUGAUCAGAUGGCUCUGUCAGCUAGUGUUUGGCUCAACUCCUUCCUUCCUGUCAAAGCUGAUCAUGGCUCUGGGAGUGUGGACAGUGCUUGACCCUCUGGCAGUGUUCACUGUGGAUGCUGUCCUUGGGCGUCUGUCUUACAGUGCAGAAAAGCCUGUGGCCGACGCUGCUAAGCUUUACUGGCACUUCCAUCGUUUGGAGCAGUCAGGCACAGCAGGCAUUCUCAUCACCCUUUUCCUGUAUACCGUCCUCUUCAUUGUGUCCUUCACCAUGCUCUACAUAUACUUCCUCAGGUUCCAUAAUGAUGGCAGAAUGCUGGAUGUGUAUCUUCGUCUCCACAGUCAAGAGAGAGCAUUUUUUAUCCCAGAUGAUUUUGAAGUGUCCAACCAGGAGCUUAGUUACAUUGUAAAGAAGGCGGAGCAAUGGAGAGGUUUCAGUGGGGAGAGACGAAAGGUGGCAGUGUAUGAUUACAUCUGGACCCAGGAAGAGUCUGGAGGAUGCGAAUCCCCUGGGGUUAUACCCACUGUAGUGGGAGAGACGAGCACCCAUGUAUCCAUCUACACGCUGUACCCGUGCGGCCUGCAUCGACGCUACAGACACUUCCUCAGGCAGCCCAGUGGAGCUAUCGUAGAGCUCGUCGGAGAAUUGGACAGUGUGGCUGUUCAUCAGAAUAUCCAGUGUCAGAAGACAGGGCAGAAGGAAGUCGACAGAAGGAUGAAGAGGAUGAAGAGCUCAACACAUUCACUCAGAGAAAGGAAGAGCAAGAAUCCUGUAUGGCGUAAGUAUUUGAUCUUGUUCAAAUUUAACUGAGAUUUUGAAUUUUAAAACCAUGUGUUUAUCAUUGCUUUGUGUUUGUAUGUGUUUCAUGCAUGUGUGUGUUCAGGCUGUAACAGGGUGGGACCUCUCAUUGGAAGUUCCUGUGAGCCUAACACAACAGUGAAGGAUCACAGAGGCUGAAGUUGCUUUACAGGAAACCAC